AUGAAUCCACCUCUUAGUCCCAUAGAACUCGAUGGUCCCAUCCCAACGAGUUCACGAAAGCGCACCGCAUCCGCCAUUUCGCCACCUCUCGUCCCACCCUCUUCCGAUGAUACCACCCCACGCAUCCUCAGUCGCCGUUGUCACCGCGUCAAUAACGCCGCAGCGUCCGUUUGGGGACCGGACAUCCCGGUUACCUUGAAACCCGCCGCCGACGAUUUCGCUCUGCGCCUCCCACUCGACUCUGCCAUCAACCUGUACGCCAUCGACAAAGAAUUCCACUACCUGUUCAACAAAUACAGCGUCUCGAUCCUCCACGACUACGCGCGCUACUGGGCCCCCAUCAGCAGCCAUGUCUUCACUUGGAUCCUCUUCCCGCACCUGUGCAUCUCCGACCCCAUGCUGCGCCCCAUGAACGACCGCGUCUGGCUCGCCCGCGACGUCCCCAGCUGGCGCUGGGUCGGCAUGGUCCUGCACCGGCAAACCAUCGUACGCGGCAUCCUCUCAUCCCUCACACUCUCGGGCUGCGGCGCGCUCCCCUCACCCACCGAAUCCAUGCUGUGCAAAUUCUGGCUGCUGUCCUUUCUGCAGGACACGGACAUCUGGAGCGACGCGGAUAUCCUGCUGUUUCACCUCUUCCUGGUGAAGUUGGAUAUGCGCCUCACGCACCCGAUCUUGGGGAACGCGCCAUGCGGUCUCAGCCAUUUAAUGCUCAACCAGCCCUCCCUGACUACCCUGCACGAUCUUCUCACAGGCAAGGUCGGCGACGUGCGCUACCCGGACCUCGUCCCGCUCAUGCUGCGCACGUACCCGAUGGACACGUUCGACCUGCUCGCCUUCCCCUAUCUCGACGACGAAGAAAUCACAGGCGUCGACGAAGAGGAUUGGAAUAUCCUGGGCAAGGAGGGGUGGAGUGAGUUUGGCGGCGCGAUGGAGUUGGCGCUGGAUUGUGUGCUGAAUGAAGGGCUGAGGAGGGAGUUACAUGCGGAACAACUCUUACUAGAGUUUGUUGUGUUUGGACAUGGGGACAGGCUGUCGAGGAAGUGGAGGAAGGGGGCUAGGGAGUAUGAAGGGGGGUUUGGGAGGGGGAGGAAGAAUGUUAUUAGGGAGGUUGAGGAGAGGUUUGGGCUUGUGGAGAAGAAAGAAGUGAAGGAGAAUGAGGAGAGCGGUGCAGAGGAGAUGGAUUUGAGCAUGUGA